AUGAUUUCCACAAAUAAGAUUUUAUAUCUCUUCAAUUAGAUUAAUUACUUAGGUUCUGCAAUAUAAUUCAAGGAAAACUAGCAAUGCAUUCAAGCUCAAUCAAAAUUAUCUGCUAAAUUCUAUCCUGCAAAUUCAAUAAUAAAAGUUUUAUUCAUCAAUACAGAAAUAACUAAUAAUAAUUGCAAUUAUGUUUACUUUUACAGUUAGUGCAAUUAUUAAGGGACAAAUUAUUAAAUCUAGCAAGGUAACUAAUUAGAUAGGUCCAAUAAAAUUUCUUUCGAAAUUAAGUCAAUUAAAAUUUGUCCAAAUGUAAUUGUAAAAUUGAGAGGUCCAACCUAUUUUGGAGGUAAUGACUAAGUAUUUAGCUCCUCAUAAAUAAGUUUGCAGAGCUACUAAGUAUGAAUUGAUUAUAAUAAUUUAGUUUCCGUCCUACAGAGCUCCAAGUUGA